UCCUGUCCCCAGACAUCAGUUUGGGUCACGACGGUUGGGUGUUGCCACUCCUCGGUCUGCCUUCUGGCAACCCCAACGGUUCUGGUCCCCUCCCCAAACAAAACCGCACAUCUGCCACUUUUAAUCAAGUUUCAACAAAUUUGAAGCAAGAGAUUUAAGAUUCCAGACACAACUCAUCGAAACACCGCAAUGGAUCAGCACAAGUAUCGUACGGCGGGCGUCCAGGAGAAGCUGGAGAUCAUCGGGGUGGAGGAUGAGGCUGGAAACCCCAUCAGCGCCCUGACUAUCCUGUCGCUGCUGGAGCGCGUGGCUGGCAUCAUUGACAACGUCCAGUCCUGCCAGCAGCGCAUGGAAGAGCGUCAGCUGGAGCUAGAGAACAACAUCAAGACCAUCCAGGGUGACGUCCUGAAGCUGGCCAAGGACCACAAUGACACCAGCGGCACGGUGGAAAAGCUCCUGCAGAAGACCCGCAAAGUAAGCGCCAACGUCAAGGAGGUCCGCACGCGUGUGGAGAAGCAAAAUGUACGAGUCAAGAAGGUUGAGUCCACACAGGAUGAGCUGCUCACCCGCAACAAGUUCCGGGUCGUCAUCUAUCAGGGUGAGACAGAGGUCCCAUCAGUGGCCGUCACUAAGUCUCCUAAAGGACCUGGCCUGGAGGGACUGGAGAUCGAGCCCGACUCCUACGACAUCCCCGCCGACCUCUCCUCUGAUGAAGAGUACCUGAGCGUGGAGGAUACUGACUCCUCACGAGCCGCUCGCCUCAAGAAAUCAGUCGUGAAGAGCACGGAGACCCUGAAGGCGGCCUUCUCCAAGGAGAACAUGAGCAAAACCAAGGACAACCUGGGCACCAAGUUCCACAACCUGGGCGAGAAGGUCAUGCCGCCCGAGCGGAGGGAGAAGAUGCACCAGGCCGGCGAGCGGCUGAAGCAGUCCGGCGAGAGGCUGAAGGAGAACAUCGCCAAGAAAGCGCCGAACAAAGAGACCUUCCGCAUCAAGCUGAAGAAGGAGAGAGCCGUCGCCGAGGGCCAGGAGGGCGCCGAGGCCGACCCUGAGCUCCACAUCCAGGCCCAGGGCGAGCAGCCGGGAGUGCCCCGCCCAGGCGUCGCCUACACCGAAGUCGGCCUGGAAACCAAGAGGGAGGGGCCCGUGGAGGAGGCCAGUGCCACCCGGAUAGGAGGCGAGGAUUACAGGAAGUAGAUCAGGCGUAAUAAGAUAGCACUGACUUGAAGAGGAGGCGGGACACUCAUACCCAGGAUUUAGAGAGAAGGUCUGUGAUUGGUCGACAACAACGAUGGACAUUUGAAAUAGUUUGAUUGUGUUAAAAUGGAAGAAGUUCUUGAGAUGAGAUGUUUGUACUGAAACCAAAAAUAUCUCUAUGUGAACUGGUUAUUUAUCAAAUCUGCAAAUUCAAGUCAGGUUACUCCAUUAAAUGUUAUCUGUUUGUAAUAAUCGAUAAUUUAAACCACCUGGUCUGAUACAACCUGAGACAUGAACAUGAGAAUCUUUAAUGCACUGAGAAGAAUUUAGGUUUAGUUAUAAAUGAAAAUGUUCCUGAAGUGACUGAUGAGUUUGACUAAUUCGUGAAUCCAAAUUUCCGAGACGUGAGAUUGUUAACAGGUUGAAGUUUAUUUGCACAAGAUGGCUACAAGGAAAAGAAAGACAGCAAGAGGCUGAAGAAACUUUGAGAAAAGACGAUGAAUGUUGAUCUGAAGUUUGUGUCUUGAUCUUUUAUCUGCAUGUACAUAUGAUGUUGUACAUACUGCCCAAAGGCAGGAGGUGAAACAGGUGGGAGCAGGCCUCAGCUGGUCUCUGAGACACCUGGAGAGAAGAGAAAAUAACGAGUUCGACGUCAGGCUGGUUUCUGUACGCAAAAGAGUAGAAGCAGAAGGAGAUGAAGUUAGAGUAAACAUCAGCCAUGGAUGAGACAGACAUUAAAGCUGCACCAGACAAAGACAAUUAGUUAUCUUCGGUCGUGGUCAGAAGCCAAACGUCGCUCUGAAUCAAAGUGUCGUUGCCUGAUUGAUGAGAAUGCUGAUGAUCUGAAACCGACUCCAUUCAUUCGGCCUGAUGUUGUGCUCGCGCUGGCUGAUGUCUGGUCAGGAGGGGUCGCAUUGUUUUGCCCUGUCCAGUCAGAAGUGAGUGUCUGUCCCUCCGUCACUGUCAGUCGGCACAGACGCUGUGACAGUUACUGCUUCGCUUAACAUUUUAUAACUGUUGAAGGAAAAGUUCUCAGUCGACUUACAGCAACAUGUGUGAAGCUCCGUCGACAUUUCUGUGGCGAUGUUUUGUAGACGUAUCGAGCAACAAGCAAGAAGCAGACGCCCCCGUUUCUAUGCACACACGUGUUGUUUAUGACCCCGGUCGCCUUUGAAAGGAAGCUCUUUGAAUUUUACAAGUAAAAAGUCAGCCCCACAGGAGGACGUGUGUUUUUUAAACAGACAAGUUACAAAUGUCCCAAAGGACGAUACGACAAAGGCAUAAAAACUGAUUUAAAUAAAAUAGACGAUUAGAAAUGAGAAGAAUUAAAAUAAGACGGAUCACACAGGAGAAUAAAAGUGACAGAGGAGUCGACACCCUGAUUUCAAAGCAGUGGAAAAGAUGGAGCUCUCAGUCUCUCACUUCCCAGAAUUCAGCCUGAAACAUCUGGUUCUUCUGUAAACUUUUAAAUAAAUUUCUUUCUCCUUUGUCCGGUGCAGCUUUAAGUUUAACUGAGCAGCACAGAUACUAACCAGUGAUACGUCACAGUAACACAGUCAGUUGUAAUUACUCUUGAAAGUAGUGGUUUGCAGGUUGCAGGUGGUCUGAGCUCUGCUGUUGGUGGCUUUACAGCUGUUUGUGCGCUGCUGCAUUUUAGUGUAUGAAUGUUUUUUUGUUUUUUUGCCGCUUCAUAUUCACAGUUUGAUUUUGAAGUUCAGCGAAUGAGUUUAUUAGUGAGAUCACAGCUUUUAUCAGGAUCAGUGGAUUUAGAGUUUCUGGAGCUUCAGGCAGAUCCAACUAUUUCCUGUAGAAGCGUUGCUUUUAUAGUGCUGUCAUUAUUCAUUAGAGCAGUGUCUUAUUCUGAAAAGUGUACUUCCUGUAUAACUUUAAAGUUCAGUUUAGUUUCAUAGCUUCAAAACUGUGUUCAUGUUCCUGUACUGCUGCUGGUGAGUGGAUUUAAUUUCUCAGUAGACUGAUAGUCUGUGGUUUGAACGUUUUUAAGACGGUUUCAUUUCUUUCUAAUGUUACAGUUCAGCUCCAUAUUGUGUUUUCUUGCCAUUUUUACUUUCAUCUGAAUCCAAUGAAGGUUUUCAAGUGAAAACCAACUGAUUGAAGACCUGUGUAGUUGGUUUUGGCCUGUGCUGUGUGAGCAGCGACAGAUAUUAAUCCUUUUGUUUUGUUUUUGUAUAAAUAAAGUUCUCAUGAAACCUCA